AUGUCUACAGUCACCAUACAAAUUCUUUGUCAGAUUUUCCUAAGCUCCAUUUUUGGGGCAACCCUUAACCAGUGUCUUUUUAUUCUUGGACUCAAAUAUACAACACCAACAAUAGCAUCUGCAUUAAGCAAUUUACUUCCAGCAAUCACCUUCAUCAUAGCUGUUCCUUUUGGAUUGGAGAAAGUGGGAAUCAAGAGGAGAUCAGGGCAAGCUAAUGUGUUGGGAACAAUAUUAUGUAUUGGUGGUGCCAUGUUAAUGACAUUUUACAAAGGCAGGGUCAUCAACAUUAUGAAAUCCAACAUCCAUUGGAGAUAUGCUAAGAGGAUGCAGCAGAGAUCAGACUCUAGCAGUGAAUCCAACUUGUUUUUGGGGCCCUUGCUUUUGUUUGUGUCUUGCAGCUCUUGGGCACAAUGGCUAAAACGAGCAAGACAUUUGAAGCUCCUUACUCAAGCACAGCUUUACUAUGUUUUAUGGGUAGCACUCAGUGUGGAGUCGUUGGAAUAUGCGUGGAGCACAAUAUUUCUGGAUGGUCUUUAA